AAACAUAUUUGAGUAUGAAUUGUUGGGUUGGGAGCUUUAAGUUGAAACCGUGAUCGACCUUAAACCUUGACGUCUUCACAUUACAAUCACAAAACCCUCGUAUUUGAUUUGAGAUUAUUAAGAUUUUGCAAAACAUUCAUACAAGAGUUUCAUCAAACACAUGGCGUCCCUCAUAUCCACCAAAUCCAACCACUUUCGCUACGCCUCUCGCUCUCUCUUCUCUCACCUUCUUCGCAAUCCCUCACCCACUUCCUCCCUUCUUUCACCAUCAUCACUCUCUCAUCAUCUCUCAACGCAACCUCGCCAGGUCGGGAAUCAAGGUUAUGGUAAUGGGUCAUUUAUGCUGUAUCAUAGAUUUUUAUCUGGUACUGCUAAUCAAGAUAAACCACCAGCUGAUAAUAAUAAUAAUUCAUCAAAAGAUGAUUCUGGUAAAGGAAAAGAAUCUGGGGGAGAACAGCAACAGAAAAGUGAUGCUGGAAAAUCCAUUCGUGGAUCGCCGGUUUCUUGGUUGAGCUUAGUUUUUCUGGUUUUAACCGGAGCUGGAUUGGUAUAUUACUAUGAUAAUGAAAAGAAACGACAUAUAGAAGAAAUACAUAAUGCUUCACAGGAAGUUAAGCAGGGACCUUCUGCGGGCAAAGCUGCGAUUGGGGGUCCAUUUGAGCUCACCAACCAUCACGGAAAACGUGUAACUGAAAAAGACUUCUUGGGUAGAUGGACAUUGAUGUAUUUUGGAUUUACUCACUGCCCAGAUAUCUGUCCUGAGGAACUACAGAAGUUAGCAGCUGCAGUUGAUAAAAUAAAGGAGAAAUCUGGAAUUCAAACUGUGCCAGUUUUUAUCUCUGUUGAUCCUGAGAGGGAUACUGUUGAACAAGUGGCUGAAUACGUCAAAGAAUUCCAUCCAAAGCUGAUUGGACUAACUGGUAGCACAGAUGAGAUAAAAAGUGUUGCUCGUGCAUAUCGUGUUUAUUACAUGAAGACAGCAGAGGAAGACUCAGAUUAUCUUGUUGAUCACUCCAUAGUCAUAUACUUGAUGGCACCUGACAUGGGAUUCGUGAAGUUUUUCGGCAAGAACAAUGAUGUUGACUCACUUACUGAUGGAGUUAUUAAGGAGAUAAAGCAGUAUAAGAAGAAGUAACAUGCACCACUUUACUAUUGCUAGCAAUUUUUCUUCAUUGUUUGAAAAAUUUGUCAUUGAGUUUAGACUUAUGCUAGAAAACUACACAAGUCUAAAUAUAAUUUGAAGGCUAAUUCCUUUUUAGGUGAUGUUGGAGUUUUUGACAGUUUUAAAAGAGCACAACUUAAUUGAUGUCAUUGUUUCAAUGGUUAUUGUACUUGAAAAAAUAUUAUGGAAAUCUUUAGAUGCAACAAUACUUCAACUACAA